UGGAAAAGCAGUUCCGGUUAGGAGACUGAGUUUGUUUACGUUACUUACAGAUCUAGGUGCUGCUUUCCCUAGCUCCAGUUCCAAGAUGGGGAAAUCCUUCGCCAACUUCAUGUGUAAGAAAGACUUUCAUCCUGCCUCCAAAUCCAACAUCAAAAAAGUGUGGAUGGCAGAACAGAAGAUAUCAUAUGAUAAGAAGAAACAAGAAGAAUUGAUGCAGCAAUAUCUUAAAGAACAAGAAUCAUAUGAUAAUAGAUUGCUUAUGGGAGAUGAACGUGUAAAGAAUGGCCUUAAUUUCAUGUAUGAAGCCCCACCAGGAGCUAAAAAAGAAAACAAAGAGAAAGAAGAAACAGAAGGAGAAACCGAAUACAAAUUUGAAUGGCAGAAAGGAGCCCCACGAGAAAAAUAUGCGAAAGAUGACAUGAACAUCAGAGAUCAGCCCUUUGGUAUUCAGGUUCGAAAUGUGAGGUGCAUUAAAUGUCACAAAUGGGGUCAUGUCAACACAGAUCGAGAAUGUCCUUUGUUUGGUCUUUCUGGAAUCAAUGCAAGUUCGGUUCCUACUGAUGGCUCAGGGCCAUCGAUGCACCCCUCGGAGCUAAUAGCGGAGAUGAGAAACAGUGGGUUUGCACUGAAACGAAAUGUACUGGGGAGAAACUUGACCGCAAAUGAUCCAUCACAGGAGUAUGUUGCAAGUGAGGGUGAAGAAGAUCCAGAAGUUGAAUUUUUAAAGUCACUAACAACCAAACAAAAACAGAAACUUCUCAGGAAAUUAGAUCGACUGGAGAAGAGAAAAAAGAAAAAAGAUAGAAAAAAGAAAAAGUUUCAGAAGAGCAGAAGUAAGCACAAAAAACAUAAGUCCUCUUCUUCCUCCUCUUCCUCCUCCUCCUCCUCCUCUUCCUCUACUGAGACUUCAGAAAGCAGUAGUGAGAGUGAGAGUGACAAUAAAGAAAAAAAAAUAGAAAGGAAGAAAAGAAAGAAGAGCAAGUGUUCAGGGCAUAACAACAGUGAUUCUGAAGAGAAGGACAAGUCUAAGAAGAGAAAACUUCAUGAAGAACUUUCUAGCAGUCACCAUAACCGGGAAAAAGCCAAGGAAAAGCCCAGAUUCUUAAAACUCGAGAGUUCUAGGGAGAACAGCAAAUGGAGCCAUUCCGAUUCUGACAAAAAGUCCAGAAGCCGUCAUCAUAGCCCAGAGAAGAGAGGCUCUGAAAGAAAGGAGGGGAGCAGCAGAAGCCAUGGCAGGGAGGAAAGGAGCAGGAGAAGCCGGAGCAGAAGUCCUGGUAGUUACAAGCAAAGGGAGAUAAGAAAACGGCCACAGCGAAGUCCCAGUGCAGAGCAAAGCAGAAGAAAUGACACCAGAAGCCAUGGCACAGAUGUAUACAGAGGAGAAAAAAUGUACAGGAGAUAUGCAUACUAAAGUGACACAGAAUGAGGCAGAAGUAGAGAAGAAAGACUGUAUGUGACAAUUACCUGGGAAUAAAAAUAUCUCCACUUUUUUAUUGAAUACUUAUAGCAAGGGCUAAAUUAUGUACUAUUGUCUUUCUAAUAAAGCUCAAUUUUAAUUUUUCAUCUCUGUAAACUGUCAAGUACAAAACUACAUGAGUACUAUAAGAAUGAAUUUUGCAAAUAUUUGUAAGUAAGCUAUUUUGGGGCUGUAGAAAUAUUUUCUGUUGGUAACUGUUUCUUGUGCCCCAUACCAGAUAAAAACCGCAUAUAGAACUCUGUGACAUUUUCUUUGUUCUGAAACAUUGUUAAAAGAAUGACAGUACAUUGAAUGGGUAUAAUUUAAUUUUUUCAAUUCAAAUUUGUUAUUCAAGGAUUUGAAUUUGCUUGAAGUGAAUUGUAAUCAUUAUCCAAAUUCACUAAUAUAAAUUAAACAAUGGAUUAAUAAAUCUUUAAGACUUUUAA